GAGAGUGUGCACUGAUCUUGCCCUGGUUGCUGGCACCCAUUCAGGCUGAGGUGUCAUUGGGAUCUCAGAUUGCAGCAAGGGGCUGGCAGGCAGCCAGGGGCAGUCUAUUUAAAAGACAUGCCUGCUCGGCACUAUUCAGUCUCUUUAGAAACUUCUCCAGGGGGAAAGUGCUGGGAGAUCUACAAAGUGGAAUUCUUUUCUUUGCGGGGUUUUUUUUCUUUCUUCUCCCCCUCCCCACCCUGCGCUCUCUCUCUCUCUCUCGUUUUGCAGCCCCCCCUCCUUCGGUCUUCUUUCUACUGCCGACUUGGGUACMAAAAACCCUCCAACUUUACAGAAAACCUCUUUGUUGUUCUUUAACCCAACCUAGGAAGAGGAGGGUUCACAGCAGCCCCCCCCCCCUUCUUUUUCCUAGCCAGUCCCAGGCUGAACCUCAUCUUGACAAAGCCCGGUUCUACCUGCUUGCUCGGCUCCUCUCGGCUCCCCUCCUCUUUUUUCCUCUCCCCCCAAUUUGCUGCAGACUCUUAUCAGGACAGUUGAAAAGAAGCUUCUUGGGCUCCCUUCCCAGCCCGUUGCAGACGCUGCUUUCCUGGAGAGGCAAGUGGAUUAUUUCCUACCUUUUUUCUGUGCAGCCUCGCUUCAGGUUGCCUUGUGCUUUUCUUUUCUUUUGGGGGGAAAAAAACCCCUUUCCAGUGACUUUAAAAAAUCUCCAACCUGUUGCACCUCAGUAAUUCUUGCAAGCGGCAUCGCCUGCAGAUUUUGACAGCCUGGUCCAUCACACACAUCCUGCUCCUUGUAAAAAAAAAUCCACAGGCACACCUGUGUCCUACUUGUUGCUAUCCAUCAUUUUGAAGUAAAAAGGCUUUUUUUGGAAUACUUUUUUGGCAUCUCUUUUUGCUUUUUUAAAAACCCAGAGCUUUCUUUUUCUCCCCACCCAAAAGGACAGUAGCAAAUCCUUGCCUGACAGUGCCUUGAAGAUGCUCCUGACGCAGGCUCUGUGCUUGUCCCUCUUCGUGGGGCUCUCGCAGGGCUUGGGCUCCUUCGUCCACUGCGAGCCCUGUGAUGACAAAGCCCUCUCCAUGUGCCCUCCCAGUCCCCUGGGCUGCGAGCUGGUGAAGGAACCGGGCUGCGGAUGCUGCAUGACUUGUGCCCUGGCCGAAGGACAGUCCUGUGGGGUGUACACUGAGCGGUGCGCCCAGGGCUUGCGCUGCCUGCCGCGCCAAGGAGAGGAGAAGCCCUUGCACGCCCUGCUCCAUGGCCGAGGGGUCUGCCUCAAUGAAAAGAGCUACCGGGAGCAAGCCAAAAACGAAAGGGAAUCCCGUGAACAUGAGGAGCCGACUACCUCAGAGAUGGCAGAGGAAACCUACUCAUCCAAAAUGUACAGGAACAAGGGUCAUGGGCGCCUCUCGGAGCUAAAAGCUGAGGCCCUGAAAAAGGAUCGCAGGAAGAAGAUGACUUUAUCCAAGUUUGUCGGUGGGGCAGAAAACACUGCACACCCCCGAGUAGCUGCCCCAGAGCUGAGACCAGAAUUUGAACUGGGUCCAUGCCGGAGACAGAUGGAGGCAUCACUGCAGGAACUAAAAUCAAGCCAGCGAAUGAUCCCCCGUGCUGUCCACCUUCCCAACUGUGACAGGAAAGGCUUCUACAAGAGGAAACAGUGCAAGCCUUCUCGUGGCCGAAAACGCGGGCUGUGUUGGUGCGUGGACAAGUAUGGACUGAAGCUUCCAGGAACAGAUUAUGUAGCCGGCGACCUCCAGUGUCACAACUUUGACAGCGGCACCACUGAGUGAAUGCCCUUCUGACCUCUCUCUCCCUGCCAGAGCCCUUCCCCACCCAUCUCACCUACCCACACCUCACGAUGCCCCCCAAGAGACCGAUUCCUUUCAUCUCAUUUAAGAAACUGAGGACCUCGGAAUCUACAGCAUGUCAUCCACUUCUCUCAAUGGCAAAGACUCAAGGAGAAAAGGAAAGACGUUAAGCCAAAAAAUAAAACGCAACAAAUCAAAGGGGAAGACUUAUUAUGAAGAAAGCGAUAAUAAUGAUGACUAUUUGCCAGCCACCCCUUGGGACAUGGCCCUUCAUGAAUCUCAUAGGCCACCUGGCUUGCACAUAACUCCACCCAAGCGCCAAGAUGACAAUAACACAGAAAGUCUCAAAAGUGCUUGAAUUGUGUGGGCUUUUAAAAAAACUUCUUUAAAACAAAGGGGAGCGGGGUGGAGACCUUUCAAAUUGGAAAAGUACUUAGUGUGACAAGGAGAAUCCUAGGAUGAGCAGACAAUACAUACAUAUACAUAUAGGUAUUUGCAUAUAUACACCUACAUGUGUAUGUAUAUGCAUUUUUGUAUCCUGACAUGUACAUUUGGAAGUACAUUUUCAUCUCCCUGCUUCCCAGAAAAGCAAAUGAGGGAAUAAUAGGACAUACAGCAGAAGACAGAGAAACCAAAUACUUAAGAUUCAAAUGCUUUCCGUUCAUUUUGGGAGGAUAUUCUUGGGCACUAAAUUAGAGGGUUGACCUGAUUGUUCCAGGUGUCAUUACGCAUCUUUUUUCCUAUGUAACUACAGACAUGUGCACAUGUUUGCUCUGCACUGAAUCAGUCUCCAUCCCAACAUUCAGAGCUCUUUCAACUUUGGUCCAAACCUCUUUAGGGUCCCUUGUAUAAGUCCAAAGUAUCCAAGGCGAUAUAUAUACUGUGCCAGACACCCUGCAAGCCUUUUAACACAACAUUUUCACUGCUUAUAAUAUUAGCUUUAUAUCAAUAAGUCUGUGGAUUUCCAUGCCCCUAAUAGUCCCCAAAAUGUUAUCCUCCCUUCUUUUUUUUGCUGAGAAUAAGGUUGCACUAGGAUAAUUUGAAGGGGUUAGUUUAAGGUUCUAAAAAUCACACAAUGCCAAAAGUGUAAACCCAGUUCACAGUUAAAGAAAUCCCCCCUCCUGAUAUCUAUAGCUGGAUCUGAAAGCUUCUGUAGACAGAGGCCCCUUGUCUUUCAAAGUAUACUUGAGUAACUGGCUGCCAGUAGCUUCUCGUUUUUCCUUGAUAGAGACUAUGAAUCUCUAAUACCUGCUUUCCAGGCAGAAAUGCAGUUGGUGUGGUUUUAUCCCCAUAACUACACCUUUCCAUCAGGGAAAGCUGCAUCUGUGGAAUUUCUGACUGUUGUGUCAUUGAGAAAGACAUGGGAGCUGUCAGUACAGAAGAGGUAUUAACUCUAGCUGUGAGAACAAAGGGAUGGCACAUAUAACCUGCCUGCAGAAGCAAUUGAUUUGUCGACUUUCAUGUUCAGGCUUGGGCAGACCACUAAAGCCAUUUAAAAAAAAACAAUUCUUGUUGUUGUUCCUUUUGCUGUUUCUUUUUUUAAUUCCUUGAUAUGUUUCCAUGGACACUGCCAUGACAAGGGUCUUUCCUUUACCCGUAAGAACAAGUGAGAAUGCAAGAAAAAACACCACCACCAGUACAAAGGGACUAUUUGGAGGAAUUGUUGGAAUGGGUAGCCAUUCAGAAGCAUUGAGAGACUUCUCUAACAUAAAAUGGCAACCUUUGGUGAGGAUCCUGUCCCCAAAGAGGACUCCAAAGGACUUGAGGACACUGAUGUGGCUAGCUGCAAGUACUUUUGGACAACAUGCUAAAUCAGAAGCAUAGAGUGAGAGAGAGAAUGAGGGAAAGAGACAAAGGGGCAGAGAAAAACAGUUUCCUGUGGGCAGAUGGGGAAAGCCCGCUCUGCCUGCUAAGCAUCAAAACAAAAGAGUGGCAUUGAAAGAAGGACACCCACAAUGAUUCACAAUGCACAGUACUAGUACAGAUGAAAGGAAAAUGAGGAAUCUUUCUGGCAGAAUGGCAACUGCAUAAAAGGGACUGUGGCAAGCUUUGUUUCUAACCUGCCCUCACCUUCUCAUCUCCAUCUGAGCUCCAGGACAACGUUGAAAAGCCAAUGAUUAUCUGGUGUUCCCAGGGAUGUGAGAGAAUCUAGAUCAGGGACUCUCACCAUUGAGUCUUGUCUUACAGAAAUGGGGGGAGGUGACUUCCCACCUUUGUGCAGAGACUGGGAAAGAUGGGGACAGCAAUGCAACCUUUCUUCCCACAGUUAAAAUGUUGACUGUUUGGGUGUAAUUCCUGCCAUGGACUCCAAAAACAUGAACCAAAUCAACUCCGUCCUGGAAUCCAGCAUUUGGCAUUUAAUCCAGAGAUACAUGUGUUGGCAUUCAGACUUCCAGAGGCAUGUAGAUCACCUCUGGAUAUCCCAUCCACUCACUCCCUUGGGCUUUGGCAGCAUGGUAAGACUUUAUGGCUUUUCUCCUCGAGCUGGGGCAAAAGCCAGGCAUGCCCUCUGGUAUUUUUUUAAACUGAACUGUGCUUUGACUGGGACAUUUCAAGAACAGCUGGACCCGUGUCUCCCCUUUCCCCUACAACCCUAUUUUAGGGUGUUGAAAGAUGAAAAUGUCUCUCCUUUUUUGCUACCUGCAUUUGUUUGGGUUGCUGGUGGGGAAUGUCUGUUUUUCUCAUCACCCUCAGCUACAUAGUCCCACUUCUCAAUUAUUUGGCAGGAAAGGUGAUACAGAGUUACUCAGUUUUUGCCACUUGAGAGCACUUCUUUUUAGAGACUCCAUAUCAUGAAUCUCUCUGGACAUUGUGUGAAUGGACUUCUGGGUCACAAGCAUGUAAACAGGAUAAAGAACGGAAAUGUGUGGCAAUACGGAAGGGAGGCUACACCUAAGGAAGUUUGAUGUCCAUGUGGGAAUGUCAUGCAAAAUAUUUGGGCUAUCAUCUGUGGUUUUCCGCCAACUAAGACAAAUGAAAUCCAUCAAGUAUUCUUUCAAUAGUUUUCAGGAUGGGUCACUCUUGUAAGUUAGGAUAGGUUAAUUGUGACCUUCUAUAUGGUACCCAACCACAGAGCAUGUUGCCCUUCACUACUGGCUGUGCUGGCUAAUAUUUGUGUGGUUCCUUUUGAACAACAUCGGAAGGACUACAAGUUUCCCACAACACAUGGAAUCAUAAAGCAAAUCUCCAUGGGUCUCUUAGGGUCUGUAUGCCUCAGUUAAUAGUCAAUAUUCCAAGUGAGGGAGACAUAUAGUGGCAUCAAAGUAGUGCAUUGUGGGAAGCCACCAAAAGAAACUGUCUCAUUUCUGGUUCCUAACAUCCAAUCCAGCAGGAUUAUGUAAAGCUUGAAUCUGGUCUUGACAUUUCUAGAAAGCCACUCUCCACCCUUCCCCUGCUGCCAAUCUUUUCCGUCACAUAUGUGUCUGACCUUUGACAAAGGAACAAAAUGAUAUUUCAAAACCUGGUGAAGUUUAUACUAAAACAAAAGUCACUAUUAGCUUCUGAGCUCUUUGAAGAUGAGGGUUCAAUAUGGAUCCAUUAUGAACAAAGAUGAGACUUGAGAAAGAUGUGUCAGACCCAUUUUGCUCACUGUAAGGCAGGCACAAUGCACUUUGUUACAUGCAAAUGAUGGGUCAGAGUGUCAAAAGCAGGGGUAGAUUAGAGCUAUGGAGAGACAGCAGAAUCCAAUUGCUUUUAGGGUGUUAAGACAAACAAAAACAUCUUAUUCUCCAAAAAGCAGAGUGAAAGGCAAAAAACAGAUGGAGAGGGUAGUAUGUAUAACCUAAGAUAUGUUGUGUAUAAAGGGGCAGGAGUUGUGUUAGGCAUUUUUUAAAAAACAGUAAAGAACUGGGGCAAUUUUCACUGUAAAGGAUUGCAAGUUUUAUACCAGUUUGAUUGCCAUAUCUUUUCCCAACGAAAUUUUGGGAAGAGUAGUUUGCUGAGGGUCUGAGGAUUCUCCUAGACACUCCCUAAUGUUCCCUGGAGGGACAGAAUGACUCUAAAAUGAGUGUACAUCUGUGGUGCAAAUAUGACUUUAGUUACAUAAGAUAAAAGUAUGUCCUUAAAACCCUUCUUACCCAACUCUAUCCCCAAAUAUAGGAGAUACUCUCUUGGCACUCCUGGACUGGUUUCAGAAAAAAACGUUCUUUAUUUUUUUGAAAUGUAUUUUUAUUUUAUUGAUUUAAACUUGAAAACCUUUUCCUGCAGAAAAAAGAGAAGAGAGCCUACCCAGUAAACCAGAGGCAUAUAUAACAGCCUUAACUUCUUUCUCCCACCCCAUCUCUUUCAUGCACAUACACCCCACAAAUAAUAUAAUCAGCAAAGGUGUUGCCAAUUAAAAUACAAGUUUUGUAAUUUUUUUAAAAAAAAAUACCCCUGAAGGCAUUACCAUUUUGCCUAGUCAUUAGAUUCCAGAAAACAUUUUUAACUACUGCUCUCCAAUCCCCCAUGAGCAGUAAUAUUAAAAAAGUAAUCUCUGCUAGGUGCAACUUUUCUGGCUGCAGCAAAAGUUGAAUUAGGUCCAAAUGCACUGGUGAUGGCUCAUUUUUUGUAAAGCGGCACAUUGGUCAGUGUUGCUUAAGCCUGAUGGAAGUGCAUGAAGAAUCCAAAACUAGGAGAAGCAUGAGCCCUUAGAGGUAUACAUAUAUGCAUUACUUUCAACAACAAACUCUCAGCUGCAAGACAGAGCAAUUUGCCUUAACUAUGCAACGUUACUUGGAGUCUAUAGAACAGUGGUUCUCAAUCUGUGGGUUCCCAGAUGUUUUGGCCUUCAACUCCCAAAAAUCUGAACAGCUGGUAAACUGGCUGGGAUUUCUCAGAGUUGUAGGCCAAGACACCUAGGGAUCCACAGGUUGAGAACCACUGCUAUAAAAGAAAAAGAAUCACAGUCCCUUUUCCAAGUGCAUCCUGGAGUAGAGUUGAUUCAGGAAGGUGAUAGUUAUCUUUCAAAGCUUGACUACUCUUGUUUUGAUUCAAAUAAAGAGCUGCACUAGUAUGCUGAUAUAUAGGGUAAGAUGCUUAUUUUCUGUAAUUUCAAGAUGAAUCCUGCUAACCACCAAUGUGACAUUUGCCUGAGAGCAUAGCAAAACUGUAGGGUAGCUGGAUAGGUGAAAAGCCUGUGAGAUUCAAGGCAGAUGCUGCAGCUAGAAAUGCAAUUAAUAAGCAUUAGCAACAGGACCCAUAUCCCAUCCUAUUUUGAAGCACUUAUUACAAGAAACCCUGCCAAUAAAAACAGGGUGGUUUCUAAAACUUAUUCAAAAGCACAGAAUUUGUCUGUUCUUUACCUCAAUUACAAAAUCAUCCCCCCCCCCCUUGAAUUCAUGAGCCUUUUCUAUUGCAUUGGACACAAGGCACAAUCUAGCCAUCAAUUCUUAAGGAUUUCACUGACCACCAAUCCAACUCUUUUUUUUAGUGCUUAAUUAUAACGUUUGUUAUAAGCCAAAGCCAUAAUAGCUUUAAAUGCAGUAUAGAAUGAAUGGAUCUUCCUCCUUCCCGCCGGCUGGUCACUCUGUAUUUGAAUGCCUUUUCUUUUCCUAUAUUAUCUACACUCCCACAAAGAAACCCACUACCRAAACAAUAGCAGAAACUGAAUGUUACUGAGGACUAUCUCUGCAAUCAAGCUUCCCUAUGGCAAUUAAUUUGGGGAGUUUUCAAAAAACAGAAUACUGUUACUUCCCCCCCCCCCCCGCUCCCGCCCCUAUUUUUUUAUUAUGGGGUGGAGGGAUUCUUUCCAGAGAAAGGCAUUUUGUGGGCUUUUCUGCUUCAGGUGCCAAAAUAACUUGAUCAGCCAUAGGUGCUACACACCUUGGACAUGGUGGAGGCAAGUGGGAAGGCAUGAUAAUGCCAUUUUGCUCUGCAUAAGAUACAGUCUCCCUUGUUGACAAAGGAGAACAGGCUCUCUUGAUUUUCUUAAAUAAGGAACCUUCCUCCUAUCAAGGAUCAGUGAAUCAGGAAGGGGGGAUUCUCAAAAAAAAGACAAAGCAGUGGGGAAGCUCUUUUCAGAGAAUUUGCGCACAGCAGAAAGGCAGAAAGACUGCAAAGAGAUCGUUUUCACACAGAAAAAAACAAAAUGCUCAAGGCUGAUUUAGCCACCAGAGCAGUAUUUCCUUUUGGUUGUUGUUGAAUCAAGAUCUCGAGAGGGUCCCAUUGCAGCUGGGGUAACAGAAGACAAGAGGAGCAACUGGAAAGCUAAGACCUUCUUUCUCAGCCGAGGCAGUCCUUGUCAGCGCUGCAGCAGACAGUUUUACCUUGAAACCACUAGUACAAGAGCAUAUUGCACUAUUUCUCCAUCUCUCUCUCUCUCUUUCUCUCCCUUGCCCUCUCCUAUGCUCCCUCUCUCUUGGCAGAGAGGCUGAUAGGUCGCCAUCAUCCAAAGGGGCCAGUUUCCUGGUAUGACUUUCCUGAGUGAAUGCCCUGUGGAGGAGAAGGGCCAUGUUUCACUCCAUGUCCGGCUCCGUCCAUGUCCCUCUCCUCUCACAACGCCACUGGGACAGCUCUUCCGCAACACGGCUCUGUCGCCCACCUUAGCACAGUUGACACCACACAAGAUUCCGAGUUUCCUGCCUGGUUUUAAUCAUUAUGCAGAAUUAUUCACUACACAUUUAUGGUAGCUUUGAAUAGCUUUACAUACAUACCUACAUACAUACAGUAGCUCUGUGGAUAUUUUGUUUUUGUUUUUGUUUUGCGGUAAACAAGAAUAUUCAUACUCUUACCGGUGGGGGGGGAAAGCAAUUUGUGAAAAGCUGACAAUGGAUGAGGAGUGUAAUGCUAUGUUUAGCAUUUUGUACUUUAAAAAAAUAAUCUCACAUUUUAUUAAAAAGUGAAGAUUGCUGUAUACUAUUUAUUCAACUUAUAAUUUAUGUUACUCUUUGAUCUUUGUCUUUUCUUAUGACAAAGCAUUUAUUUAAUAAAGUUAUGCAUUCAGUUA